CCGAGGGAAGGUGAUGUCAGCUGAGUUCAGAAAGUAAACAGAGUUCCAGACUGCAGCAUGCUGUCUGCGAGACGGGGACUACAGCUGGGGCAAACCCAGCAGGGCACCCACACAAUCCCCUGGACCAACACCUUUAUCUCUGGUAGGGAGGGCUGGUUCCUCCUCAUCUCCCUCUUCAUCUUCUUACCCCAAGGGACGGCCAGGCCAUAUGAUUACAGGUAUUUGUACAACCACUGCCCGGGUCCUGAGUGGAACGUAAUGUGCAGAGGCUGCUGCGAGUAUGAUGUGAUUCGCUGUAAAUGCCCCCUACAAGGGACUCCGGUGGGCUACGCGGUCCCCUGCUGCCGCAACGCCAUCAAUGAGUGUGACCCCUGCAUAAUCCACCCAGGUUGCAGUAUAUUUGAGAACUGUAAGCGCUGUAACAAUGGCACAUGGGGGCCCAGGGAUGACUUCUUCAUUAGUGGCAAAUACUGUGCCGAGUGUCGGCCUGGCUGGUCAGGCGGAGACUGCAUGAAGUGUGGGGGAGUGAUCCGUAAACGGCAAGGCCACUUGGUACUGGAGAGUUACCCCAACAAUGCUCGGUGUGAGUGGACCAUACAGGUGGACCGUGCUUUUACCAUAGAGCUCAGGUUCAUGAUGCUGAGUCUGGAGUUUCACCACUCUUGUCGUUAUGACUACGUGGAGGUCCGAGAUGGUGACAGCAUCGACUCGCGCGUUAUCGCUCGAGUCUGUGGGAACCACAGACCUGCACCAGUUCAGAGCUCUGGCAACAGUCUGCACGUACUCUUUGUGUCUGAUGGUUACAAGAAUUUUGAUGGAUUCUUUGCCACUUUCCAGGAGAGUUCAGCUUGCAGCUCCUCUCCUUGCCUGCAUGAUGGGACUUGUAUCCUGGACAGUUCUUACACUUACCACUGUGCCUGUCUGGCUGGCUACACAGGCAAGAGAUGUGAGAAUGUGGUGGGAUGCCGCAGGCCUCCAGUGCCCACCCAUGGAUCCACAGAGGGUUUGUUUCAUCACUCGGGGGCACACAUUACUUUCCACUGUGACUCUGGCUUUGAGCUGCGGGGGUUUCGUACUGCCAUCUGCCUGAGUGAUGGCACCUGGAGUGCGCCUGUCCCAGAGUGUGUUCCAGUGGAGCAAGUAUGUACUCUACCACCCAAGCCAACACAUGGGGACCACUUCUUGGUUUAUGGACCAAACGAUGUCCUCAUUGCUCUACAGUACCUGUGCUACCAACCCUAUGAACUCAGUGGGAGCUCCCAGAGAACCUGCCUCCCUAACAACACCUGGAGUGGGACUCCUCCUGUUUGCACCCAAGUGAACAACACUCUCACUGAAGCAGAAAAAGACAAAGACAUGGCAAAAGAGACAGAAAUAGAUACACACAUUGACAAAAACAUCAGGAAAACUAAAGAGAAAGGUCUAGAGAGCCCAACUGGAGAAAAAGAACGUGUCGGAGGGAAAGACAUAAACACUGGACACAAGAAUACAACUGCAGUCGAGAGAGAAGAUAAAUAUAAUGGUACCAUUCCAGAGAAAACUGUGGUUGAGGGUAGGAAUGAAGGAGAGCUAGAGGAAAGAAAUACUGGGUCAGAAAAACCCACUGGAGGCAGUAAAGAUAAAGUAGAUAGUACAGCCCCAGACAACAGCCUGAAUACAGUUGAAAAGGGAGUACCUGGAGUAGGAAAGCCACCUGAGAAAAAAGAAGGCACCCCAGACACAAACAUGGAAACAGGAAAGACAGAUAUCACAGAAAUAGUUGUGAUAAAAGACAAAGGGCAGGAAGAGAAGGAAAGAAAAGAUCAGCAAGUGAAUGGAAAAAAGGAUCCGGACAAAGUCGGCCCUAAUGACACCAAGCUGAGGACGGUUAUAGCUGAGGGUGAAAACACAGUGGAGAUAUUUGAACUGGAAAUGACAAAGAACAACACAGUUAUAUAUGAUUCAAAGGACACAAAGAAAGAAAAUAAUACCAUAGGUUCCACAGAGCCAGGGAGGAAACUCAUCCCCACCAGAGUCAACAUUACACAGUACACCAUGUACAGAGCAGGAGGUGAGGAAAGUGGGAAACUAAACGAAAAGCCAACAUUUAAAGAGGACAAGACAGAGAAGGAUUCUGCUGAGAAAACAAAGGAGGAGCUGGAGCGGGAGAGAGAGGAGAAAGAAAAAGAAAAGGAGAAAGAAGUCAACCAAAGCUUCACCGAGAAAAGCUGCCCACCUCUCCCACGCUUCUACCAUGGCUACCACCAGCUGGUGCCUGGGGUGGAGCCUGAAACAGUGGAUUUCUUCUGUAACCACUCUUAUGCUCUCAGUGGUGAUGCCCAACGGACCUGCCAGCCAAAUGGUACCUGGAGUGGGAAACCACCCAUUUGUGUCAGAGCAUGUCGGGAGCCUAAAGUAUCAGAGCUGGUUAUACAAAGAGUGCUUCCACCUCAGACACCAUCCAGAAAGACACCUGUGCACAAGCUCUACUCCUCUGGGCUGGGACGACAACUCCAGUCUGCCGGCCCCACUAAAGCCCCCCCGGUGCUUUCCCAGUUGCCAAAGGGUUUCCACCACCUUUACACACAUAUAGAGUAUGAAUGUGCCUCUCCGUUCUACCAACACUCUGGCAGUUCUCGUCGCACUUGCUUAAAGACUGGGAAAUGGAGCGGGCGUCAUGUGUCCUGUUCACCAGUGUGUGGGAAGCAUCCAACCUUCGACCCAGAGAGGCCGGCAGAGGCUCAUUGGCCUUGGUUGGCUGCCAUCUACCGCCGCUCCACCAAUGGAGCUGACACCAAGGUGACAAAGGCAGACAGCCAGACAGUGUCCCUGAAGGAGGCCAUUGGAACAGGAACUGGCAACCAUGAUCAGGCUUCUGACUGGCAGCUGGUGUGCAGUGGGGCUCUGGUGAACCAAAGGAGUGUGGUGGUUGCAGCCCACUGUGUGACAGAGCUGGGGAAGGUGUAUCCUCUAGAUGCAGCCAAGAUUAAGGUGGUAGUAGGGAAGCACUACCGUGAUGACCACAGGGAAAGUAAAGGUCUUCAACACCUUAGGGUGGCCUCCAUUGUUGUUCAUCCAAAUUACGACCCCCAUGUUCUUGACUCUGACAUGGCUGUGGUCAAGUUACUGGACAAGGCAAGGAUCGGGGAGAAGGUCCUGCCCCUCUGCCUCUCAGACAGCCAGGGAGAAGAGGUGACCUCUGGGCAAGCACUUGUGACAGGCUGGUCUCCACUGCCUGAUUCAAAUUUAGGUCCUGGUGAGAAGGCAAGGGUUGGGCUCGUUCACCUUGCUGAUGUAGUCCCAUGUGAGCAACAGUAUGCUCGUAAUGGCCUGCCAGUCAGCGUCACUGAUAAUAUGCUCUGUGCCAGCCAAAAGCCUGACUAUGGGUCCUCUAACAUAUGUCCCUCUGACACUGGGGGAAUCCUUGUCCUCCCUGCCCUCUCUCAGAGCCAAGCCAGUGACAACCAGAAGCCCUCUCUCAGCUUCACACAGGUGCAGGGGGAGAGAAAAGGGCUGUGGAGACUGCUGGGACUGGUGAGCUUUGGCUAUGAGCAAGGAGAGUGUGAUCCUGACCUGUACACAGUCUACACACAUGUACCCAACUUCAAAGACUGGAUAGAGAACAAUAUAAAAUAAAAAUCCUAUUGUCUUAUUCAAUUUGUUCUCCCUCUGCUUCUAAAAUAUUUAAAUGCCCUCAUAUUUUACAGUCCUCUCCCUUUUCAGUCUGUUCAUCCUCUCCUGUCUUUUUUUUCUUGGUCUAAUGCACAAGGGCAUUUUUUUACUCAAUGCAGAAGCACUGGAAACACUGGACAACACAGUGCUCUAACUGAAGGGGGUGCUAACACAUCAGAUGUGCUGGGCAUCAAAACUUCACUGUUCAGGUCCAUCAACCUGAGGUUACAGACUUGAAACGACAGAAAACCUUUUCAGGCCUCUGGCUGAUGAUGGUUUGUAUUGUACUCAUUGGUAUGUAAAUAUGUUGUAAUGUACUGUAUUAUUCUAUCAAUCCAUAUGACUCAAGAGAUGUACAUAUUGUAUUGAAAGACAGAAAAAAAUCAUGUUUUUAAUUAAAGAAAAUGUGGGUGUGAUAAAGCUUUUAAGAAUAUGAUUGUUUUUUUCCAUCAUAGUGUAAAACUCAGUAUUAAGAAACAAAUAUAUUCUUCUGACUAAGCACAGAAUUAAAUCUUUACAUUGAGACGGCAUGAAAAGAAACACCUCAUAUUUGCUUACGCAGUGAAGCAAAUUAAUCCAGGUCAGAGCGGCACCAUUUUCACAACCGUAAACGGAGCACAUUAUUCACAGAUCAAUUCCCUCUUCUGUGCUCAAAUUAAAUCAAUUACUUCCAUUCUGACCUUCCUCCAUUAUUCAGAAGUGAGUUUACAUAUAUAGAGGAGCUGAAGCUUAUAUCGACCCCCGAACGGGGGCAAUAAUGAAUACACUACUACUCUGUUCGGGAGCGUCAAUAGAGGAGCUGGGCUCUGUUACAAGCUGCUUUACAUGAGUCCAUCAAGGUUAAAACAUUUCAGUACUACAAACCAUAACAAUGAGACAGGUAAAAGCAAGCAACUAGAAAUACAAAGGUGAAAUAAAAUAAAACUAUAAAAAUGCAAUAAAAACAACAUGAAAUAAAAUUAAAUCUUCUACACAUUUAACAAAUAAAAAUUGAGACAAUAUUAAUAUAUGGCAGGGUUUUUUAAAAAGAGAAGUAUUUUAAAAGAUGUUACUGAAUCUCCAAGCCGGUGACUGGGAGAGAGGUGAGGAACUCUGACCAUGAAAGCCUGGUCACUUCUGAGGAACCCUGCCUGAGCAUCUGAGGCUGCGAUCAUAGGGCAUAAAAUAAAAAAACAGAAAUAAUACUAGAAGCCAGCCUGUGAAGUGCUUUAACUUUGAUGAGUAAAAUCUUAAUGCUGCAACACUGACACAUCACCUCAUAAAGCUGUUUCGGUGAACAUGUUAUCAAACCCUUACCUAUCCACUACUUACACAUCCAGCCAACAAGGACUUAUCAUUCAUUUAGAGUUGUGACAAAUGUAAGUCUAAUAAUCACUCUCUUUUUAGGUCCGUUUAGUCUCCACCUGUCCACCUGUUUUUCCCUGUGUUUUUUUGGUAUUUGAUCUAUAUGUCCAUUUAUUUUGUGUCCUUGUGCCUGUCUGUUUGGAUAAACUGUCUGUCUUUUCCGUCCUUGUUUCUGUAUUUCUGUUAGUUUAGUCCAUGUCUCUGCAUCUAGUUUUGUUUUAGUCUGAUAUUGUCUGUGCCAUUCCUGAUUAACCUCUCUUUCUCAUCUGUGUAUCUCCCCCUCUGCCCAUGUGUGUGUGUGUGUGUGUGUAGGUGUGUGUGCAUUCUCCCUGUCCUGAUUACCUGAUGUGUGUUUCCUGGUUGUGCUCCGCCCUGUUUGUUUGCUCUUGUUUAAACAAUUGUCAGUUCUGUCCAGUUCAUGCCACGUUAUUAUCAUUUGUUGAGUGACCUGUACCCAUGUGUGUUCAACUGUGGAUUGUUGGAGUUUUCUGCCCAUUGUGGAUUCUUGUGUUGCAUUGCAUGAACUCAGCCUUGUUUAGACUUGAACCUUCAUCUGUGAGUUUUGUUAAAUAAACAAACUAAAUUCA